AUGAAGAAGACCUAUACGCUGACAAACGUGGAGAAAUGUCAUGAAGCAAAAAUUCCAGCAGUUCUGGCAACAAGGAUGUUAGAAUGCUGUAAGAGAAGGGUAAAGAAAUAUCCAGAAGCAGCGAAAGGACGUCAUGGUCGAAGGAGCUGUGAGAAUCGGAGGAAAGCAAGCCCAAUUCAAAUCUGCAAGACCUACAAAAUAAAAGAGAAGACAUUGAUGAACCCGCGAUCUUCACUGAUUAUUGCGAAUAGUCAUGUAAUGGUGGUACCUCUACAAAGAAAAAGAGAU